GAAGUGAAGCUGCUCCGUGACGGGGUGGCGGUGCGUGCGGUAGAUCCCGGAGCACCCAACUUUUUUGUAGAAAAGUACCGCGUCAGGUCGGCGCUGCAGGUGAGGCUACAAUUGCUGGUCUGGCUAUGGCCCUUUCUGUGGAGACCGAGUCGCACAUCUACCGAACUCUGCGCACUGCCUCUGGGGCUGCAGCUCACCUUGUGGCCCUGGGCUUUACCAUCUUUGUAGCUGUAGUUGCCAGGCCUGGCUCCAGCCUGUUCUCUUGGCACCCUAUGCUUAUGUCUUUGGCUUUCUCCUUCUUGAUGACCGAGGCACUACUGGUGUUCUCUCCUGAGAGCUCACUGCUGCGCUCCCUCUCAAGGAAGGGUCGGGUCUGCUGCCACUGGGUGCUGCAGUUGCUGGCCCUGCUGAGUGCACUGCUGGGCCUGGGCCUGGUUAUCCUUCACAAAGAACAACUUGGUAAAGCCCACUUGGCCACACGGCAUGGGCAGGCAGGGCUGCUGGCUGUGUUGUGGGCAGGACUGCAGUGUGCAGGCGGUGUGGGGCUGCUGUAUCCCAAGCUGUUACCCCGAUGGCCUCUGGCAAAGCUCAAGCUAUAUCAUGCCACUUCUGGGCUGGUAGGCUACCUGCUGGGUAGUGCCAGCCUCUUAUUGGGCAUGUGCUCCCUGUGGUUCACUGCCUCUGUCACUGGUGGGGCCUGGUACCUGGCUGUAUUAUGCCCUGUUCUCACCAGCUUGGUAAUCAUGAAUCAGGUGAGCAAUGCGUACCUGUACCGCAAGAGGAUCCAGCCAUGAACUCUUCCCAAAGAGAAGCUAGAUUUGUUCCUCACAAUAGGUGCUGGGGCUGGGGACCUUCUGGACUGUCUUUGCUAACUGCAUCUGGGGACACUUCAGGCACUGGGGCAGUCAAGGGCAGGAAUCUAGUAUGUGAUGUGACAUUUUUGUCCCUCAUGUUAAGAGUGCUUCUUUUCUUUGUCUCUCCAUCCCAGAGGAGCAUAUGGGUCAUGUAUCUGGAUGAAACUGGGGUUGCUGCCUCCCCAGCAAUGUAGUUCAUACUUGUACUGGCACAUCCAGAAAUUACCGAGAGGAAAAAAGAAAAUAAAAAUUAUAUGAAAACA